GAGAAAGGUCUUCCUUCCGUUGGUUCACUCCCCAAAUGACCUCAACGGAUGGAGCUGCGCCGAUUCGAAGCCAGGAGCCAGGUGCUUUUUCCUGGUCUCCCACGUGGGUGCAGGGGCCCAAGCACCUGGGCCAUCUUCUACUGCUUUCCCAGGCCACAGCAGAGAGCUGGAUUAGAAGAGGAGCAACCGGGACUAGAACUGGCGCCCAUAUUGGAUGCCGGCACCGCAGGCAGAGGAUUAACCUAGUGCGCCACAGCGUUGGCCCCCAAUAAAUAAAUCUUUAAAAAAUUGUAGCAUACUAUGCAUACUUUUUCACAUCUUCCUUUUUCUAAUUAAAAACGUAUCCUACCAAGAUGGCAGACCUACUAGGCUCCAUCCUGAGGUCCAUGAAGAAGCCACUCAGCCUUGAGGAACAGGAAACCCGGUGCAAGGCCAGGGCCUGACACCUCGCAGAGGACAUCAGACUUCUUUGAAGCCUGACACCCUCCCCACCCAUGCUUCCAGCCCUGACCUCACGCUGCCAUUUCCCAGCCCCAGAGCAGGCUGCCCACCUAAAGAAACUACAAGAGCAAGAGAAACAGGAGUUUCAUAAAAGGAUGGAGAAAGAGCUGUCAGAUUUCAUCCAAGACAGUAGGCAAAUCAAGAAAAAGUCUCAGCCAAUGAACAAGAUAGAGAGGACCACACCACAAGAUGUGGUGGAAGUGGCUGGCCUGACGUCCUUCUCCUGCAGGGAAGAUGAUGACAGUUGCGAUGCCAUGAUCUUCAAAAAGGAGUCCGCACCCUCAGAUGAAGAGCUGGACUCCGACCGCUGCACGGAGGAUUGGGAUCUCCAGAAAGUGGAGGAUAAACAGAAGCGGAAGGAGCUGGCCCAGUGGGAGGAGGAGGAAGAGGCGGUUCAGUGGGGACCUGUGGUGGUGAACCCUGGCAGUGGCUACAAAGACAAGUACAGCCACCUCAUUGGCAAGGGAGCAGCCAAGGACGCGGCCCACAUGCUACAGGCCGACAAGAGGGACACGCACUGCAUUGAUGAGAUCCCAAGCCAAGAAGCCCCUGGAGCAGAAUGAGGAAGAGUUGCUACCUACCUCCUAGGCACCCCACCCAGCUCCCUUGGACCUCUGGGGCAGGAUGGGGGACAGAGAGGGAUAAGGCUGCUGCAGUUAGAAUCCAUCCUGGAGUCCUCACCUCUGCACCACUGGCGUGGGGGGAGCAGGUGUUUAAUUUG